AUGACAUCACCAUCGCGCUUUCCUCUCCCAAACGCUCAUCUUUCACAACACCAUUACUCCUCUCUCCCUCCAUCGCCACAUACCUCAACAACAACAACGACCACGACCCCACAACACGACUUUGCGCUUUACGAGCCAGCGAUAUAUCAGCAGGCAUUGACCUUGCUCCAGCAAUCCAGCGGUCCCGACAGCGGAUAUCACCACCCGACGCCGAAUCCUGACCUUACUAUUCACCAACCGUCGCCACUCCGCAGUUACGCCAGCGUGAGGCAAGACUCUGCCAUCAGCGACCACGGGGUAUCUGCACACGAUUGGCAGACUUCGAUGUACUCGGCGCAAGUGUACAAUAAUAGCAUGAACGGAUCUGUCACACAGCAACAACCCAGGGGAGUCAAGCGGUCAAGGAGUCAUCAGCGCACUCCAUCGGCCUCGACAGUUGCCUCGAACGGCCCGGCAUCGCCGCACCUGUACAAUCCGUCGUAUCCGCAAAUCGCCAAUACGGAGACAGCGCCCGAUCAGACCUCGUUCUACGCUGACCAAGCCCUGUUCCCGAAGAACCUCCCAACGCCUUCGCAUACGCCUGUCGAGAGCGGCUAUUCGAGCGUAGCGUCUCUGCCCAGCCAGGCAGCGCAUAUGAGCAGCGCGCACUACGCUAUGAAAGGCUUCGGGAUCGAUCACCACGCAUCAGAGGACUAUCUUUCCGACGCUGCGCCGUCACGACAAUCGAUGUCGAGCUACGGUAACGAUUCACCCGCCACGCCGCAGUCCGGUAACGGUGAUGGCGAUUCGAAGCAGUAUACUAUGCAGUCGAAUGACUAUCGGCAAGCCAACCCAAAUGUUCAACUCUUUCGUACAGAGUCAGCAGCGUUUCAAGACGAGCUGUACAACCCCAACACGGUCUACACAUCGGCACCGUCGAAGCCAGCGAAUUCAUACUUGUCGCCGCAUCGAAAUUUGAUCACCGAGCGACUACAAACUGCGAACAACGCCCGCUCUGCAUCGCCAGCAUCUGCUGUGUCGAGAGAACGAUCGCCGUUUAGGAAUGGGUCUCCACUUGCUCCAGCAGAGGACUGGAGACCACAGAACGCCAUUCCCACAGCCCAAGCUAUGCGCCAGCAACAACAGCAGGAGGCCGCGCAGCAGGAGGUGCAGCGUGCAACACUGCGAAGGGAACCCACAAAGACGAUAUCACCCAAGGACGCGGUACUGGACUACAAUGACGAGCAGCCAUCGCUAUUCCAGGAUAGCAUACCCGAAGGCUACGAGAAGCACUUCGGUGGCACAGAGCAGUGGCCAACCAACAACUAUCUUGGUCAGUCGACCAACUUUGUGGAUCUCUCGACCACUGGUCAGCAAAACAUGAGUUUCAGGAACGCCACAUCAGCCGACAACGGCUAUUCCGGUACCGUCUUCGACUUCAAUGGUUUGCCACAAGGAACGGACUUUAAUAAGAACAACCCUUUCCAAGCCAACUACCAAGCUGCUGUUGCCGCACAGAUGAAUCAAUUCUCGGAUCAGACACCAAACUUUCCAGCAUCGAUACCAUCAAUGGAGACAUCCAUCAGCGACGCUGACCUUCCGAUGUCAUCCCAGGAGACGACCGACAAUGGGCCUACCUCAGUUCCUCAGCGUCCUAACGAUACCCGUGCCAAUACCGGUACAUACACGUGUACGUAUCAUGGCUGCACACAACGCUUCAACUCUCACAACGACCUGCAAAAGCACAAGCGCGAAUAUCAUCGCUCACAGCAGCAAAUCAUGGCUGACAGCACAUCACCUGAGGCAAGUGAGUCAAUGUCGCCGAGAUCAGUUGGUACUGAAUCACCUGGACCAUCUACUGCUGGCAUGACCUCAGCACAGAUCCUGGCGAGGAACUCUCAGGCUGGCCCCCACAAGUGCACACGCAUCAACCCGUCCACCAACAAGCCGUGUAACACGAUCUUCUCACGGCCCUACGACUUGACGCGCCAUGAGGACACCAUCCACAACGGACGCAAGCAGAAGGUUCGGUGCCCGAUGUGUCGUGAGGAGAAGACGUUCUCACGUAAUGACGCUCUCACGCGACACAUGCGCGUGGUCCAUCCGGAGGUCGAAAGCUUCGGUAAGCGUGGACGUCGCGACUGA